AUGCUUGACGAAUACGGCCUCCCCAUAUUUAGCCCCGAAGACGUUGAACAUCUCAAGCGUCUUGAGCAAAAUGCAAGACGGAUAGCUCUCGACAGACUCAGAGAUCCCAGUCCAGAGCCUGCGCGUGUUGUCAGCGACAUCAGUGAUGGGGCUCUCACGACUUCGGCAACUAGGCUCUCGUCGUUGUUAUCUAGUAACCCAAAGAUCAAAGCCGCUCAGUCUGAAUGGGAGAAGAAUCAAUGUCCGUCUAGAAUGCCUUCACUAAAGCCCCCUCAACCUAGGUAUCGGAAGAGGGAAUCGCCAGCAUCAGACGAAUCCGCUGGUCCAGCUGCGAAAAGACAGAACAGUGACUUUGAUAUUGCACAGGCUCGUCAAAAUGCAAUUCGUUCUACGGAAGUGGAAGUAGCACGACGAACGGCUGCGUCGAACAACACGUCAAGCACACAAAUGGUUCCUCAAACUCAGACUCAUUCUCGAUCAACGCAUUUGACUGGGAGUGAACUACUCAAACUGUACGCUGACCAAGGAUCGCCAGCGCCUGUCCUGAUACCAGUGCAUGCAACGCCAACACAAACGGCGCAAAAUUCACCAGGUGUUGAUGAUGUGGUUGUUGCAAUCAUUUUUGCUGAGGGUACUCGCCCGUACACCUCAUAUAACCAUCCUGAACAGGGAGUUAUCUCUGCCCGCGGCGCACUCAUUCCGCCAAAGUAUAAACUGCACGAUGAUCCCGAACGUCCUUUUGUCUGCCCUGUACGAGAUUGCCGUCGUUUGUUCAAAGGACUGCCAGGUCUUGGUGGACACUUUGGGGGUGGUCACCCUGCGACUACGUUCAACGACAACGGAGAUGGCACGUUAUCAAAGGUCGGAAAAUAUGCGAAAAGUUUUUUCAAAAGCGCCUCUGACUCAACGCCUGCCAUCGUUAUCUCUCGUAACCCUCUGCCUCCUAACGCACCACCGCCGGUCGACCCUGGACUGCCGGUAGCUGCGACUUUGCAUCAGGGCCGAACUUCUCGCGCAGAGCAAUUGAACAAGAAAACGACUCGGGCGCAGGAAACUCCAGUCUUCCCCCCUGUCCCCCUUUUACGCGCCUCGAGCACUUCGGAUACUGAUGUCAAACCCUACCUUCACAGGCAUCUCAGUCCUUAUCAAAUAAAGCAUCAUCGGGAGGACAUUCUUUUCAUGCUUGUGUUGCCUCGAAUACGAGAUCUUCCUGAGGAAUGGAAGCAAAGUCACGGCGGAAAGACUUUGGAUAUCAACCAUUAUGCUUGCGCGUUGGCUUAUCUCACUGGAAGGGCAGUGACUGGCAUCGGGAAGUGCAUGGCUAGUGUAGGACGGCGAACUGCCCGGCUAUCAACACCUUGUAUCGCCCUCCCGGCUGGAAUGCCCCCGUCAGCAAAGCAAGCGUUCUCUUCUCUGGAGACUUGUGUUGGCUGUCGGUAUUGGUGUAUUCUACAACGACGCUCUAACGCAUGCGAUUGGUGCCCAUCUGAUCAACGUCGACAUAGAGGCUCUGGCGGUUCAGCAGGAUCAUCUUCGUCCGAAGAUGUCACCCCUGCGAUGAAUACUCCUGCAAUGGAUGUUGACGCGGAAGAACAGCCCGAGGAACCGACCGUUGGGACCGUGACAGAGUCUAUUCGUGAAACAAAGCGGCCCGAGAGAAGUCCGUCUACCCAAACCUCUAUGGAUACAAUGGGGGAACAGCCUGCAGCUGGAAACCAGAGUCGAUCACUUGAGAUGGAAGACUGGGAGGUUGCUCCAGGUAGGAUGCAGGACAAUUCUUCCUCAGACAAUGUUGCCUUUUCCAACUCAUACCUCACCAGCGGCCAACCCGUUACGGUUUCCCAGGACGUUAGCUUCAACGUCAUUAUCCUCAAGCCCGGCAAUUCGAGUCAUUGGAAGAUUGAAGACGACAAAUUGCGCACUUGCUCAGUCGCAGCAGGCAAGCUGGCUGUCACCAUAGGCGAACAAGAACAAGCCUUUAACUUGGGGCCCAACGGCAUGUUUGUUGUUCGACCUGGACAAGCAUGCAGGGUCACAAAUCGACUUUAUGUGGAUGCCGUGGUGCACUGCACUACUAUUAAUGACUUUGCGUUGCAGUAG